CUAUUUGUAGCUUUAAUAGAAGAAAAUUAUCAUAGCAACAAUCCUUAUCAUAACUCUGUGCAUGCAGCUGAUGUUACUCAAGCUAUGCACUGCUUUUUACAAGAGCAAAAGAUUCUUGAGCAUCUGACUCCUCUGGAAGCCAUGGCUUCACUGAUUGCAUCAGUUACUCAUGAUGUUGAUCAUCCAGGAGUCAAUCAGCCAUUUCUAAUAGCAACUUCAAAUCAUUUAGCAUCCUUAUACAAAGUAAUUAAUUUUAAUCAUAUCUUUAACUUUUUUCUCAUAACUAAUUCAUUAGUUUUAUAUUUAAAAAAAGAAGGAGAAGAUGGAGAUGUCUUUCUGCCAAAUCGAAAUGACGAAGACGAGGUGAGAUUUAAUGAAGAAAAGAUCUUUCUCUCAUCUUCCUCGUUUGAUAAUGGAGAGUAA